AUGGUCCAAGUUGUAAAAACAAACUGCCUGCAGCAUUUUUUUCAUCGCAUAAAUAAAGAUACUAUUCUUGUAUCAUUUUCUUUAUCAAGAAGUACAGAGAUCAUGUCCGGUGAGGAGUGGCAGACGCUAUGGACUACGCAGUUCAUAAUUUUCGAGGUGCAGCAGCUCCGUAGUACAUUAAUAUCAACAGCAACUGAAGAUUCCGAGGCUGCAAAAAUGCUAGUUCAGCAUUUCUCGUCGAGACCUGCCAUGCUGAAUACCCUUGCGUUGAGCGCAUUCCUAGCCUUAUCGAGUUUUCUCAACGCUUCGGUGUUGUCUCGCAGAUAUUAACCGGCUACUGCGCAUGACAAAAAAAGUCGCGCCUGUCCUAUUGAUGCGAUUUAGAAGAUCUCUCAGCUUGACAAGGACAAAACACAAGCAUUUUUGCAGUCUUUCUCUUUCGGAGGUCUACUUUGGACUCCAGGUCCUCAACUCGCCUCGCUGUACAAAGAAAGCUCCCCAAGGGACCACGACUAGUACUACCAAGUCCAAAUGAGCACUGCCAGCGCAAAAACAUUUCCUUGGUUCGUCGACCUGAAAAAAAGUCGCAACCGAAAUAGGAGACAGGACAUGAUGCAGGGUAAAAAUAUCAACUUUGACUGGAGCAACUCCGUGUACUGCAUCCUGCGACCGACCGCUCCCGUGGUGCUCACUCUUUAAUUAUCACGGCCUUGCGGGUCGAGCCGCGCACUUGGCUGCAGACGGCGUUCGGUAUCAGAUCAAGAUAGCACUACAAGUAAAUGAAAGACUUCG